GAAGUGGUAAAUUGGCCGCGUGUUGCAAUAUGAUAACUGAAACAUCCAUCCAUGGCCUCCAUCAUCCAAAUUUUACAAUGUUAUCAAUUCUUCUCCCAGUGACAGCAACUCCCAUUUCCACUCUCACCAAAACCCUCCCUCUCUCAAAUCACUACUUACUCUCCUAUAAAUUCAAAUUCAACUCCCUCGUCCGCCAUUGCUCCCUCUCCGACCGCGAGGAGCAGCGCUGGCUCCGCGAGGAGCAGCGCUGGCUCCGCGACGAACGGCGCUGGCUCCGCGAGGAGCAGCGCUGGGCUCGCGAGCGCGACCAGCUCCUCCGCGAGAUCGCCGACCUCAACCUCCAAAUCCAGGCGCUUGAGCGUCGCCUCUCGAUGCGCGAUUUGUCCUCUCCGGCUUCCGUCUCCGACGCCGUCGCCAAUGUCACGUUGCUCCUGAAGGUGCUGAAGGACAAGAAUCUGGUUCUCGAGAGCGUUUCGAGUCUGCGGAACACGGAGGCAGAAGAGGAGGAGGAGAAGAAGCAAUUCGAAGAGGUUGUCGAACACGUAAAGGAGGUUGUGAUGGUUGAGGAAUCUGCUAGGGUUGAAAAGAGGAUCUCGUUGCGGAUAGGUUCCGAAGGAGAAGAGGUUCGACAAAUGCAGGAAGCAUUGUUGAAAUUGGGGUUUUACUCUGGCGAGGAAGACAUGGAGUAUUCCAGCUUCUCAAGUGGAACUGAGCGUGCUGUGAAGACUUGGCAAGCUGCACUAGGUGCCCCUGAGGAUGGUAUCAUGACAGCUGAACUUCUUGAAAGGUUGUAUUUGGAGAUAAGGAAUAAGGGCACAGGUAGUGCGACUCAAGACAAACAAUCUACUACUGUUUUGCCAAAGGAAGUUGAAAAUGGAGCUGCAGUUGCUUCAGUGGCAGAAAAUUCAGAGGUUCAGCAAAAAGAUGUGAAAAAUGAUAAGGAAACAGAAGUCUCCCACCGGGGAGUUUUUCUCCUUGGAGAGAAUCGGUGGGAAGAACCAUCAAGACUUGUUGCAAGGGAUGGAGUUGAUAAGAGCAAGAACAAGGAUAUGACAACAAAAUGCCUUCAAUGUCGUGGGGAAGGUCGCUUGAUGUGUACAGAAUGUGAUGGAUCUGGCGAGCCAAAUAUUGAACCUCAAUUUAUUGAAUGGGUGGAAGAGGGUACAAAAUGCCCAUAUUGUAAAGGCCUAGGGUAUACUGUAUGUGAUCUAUGUGGAGGGAAAACUAUGGUAUAGGGCUUUGGAGCUUACAGAGCUACGUGAAACUCUACUGAGAAACCUCACAAAUUACAACAUAGAUUGAACGGUGCAUGCAAUUUUAAACCUUCAAAAUGAAUGAGGUGAUAUGCCAUACUGAGUAUAUUCAAACAUACAUUUUCCCCUUGUCCGAACUACGUUUGUUUCAAACUUUAUGAUUUGUCAAAUCACAAAGUUAUGUAAUGCUGUUAAUUUGUAGAUGCUUCACAGGCAGACACUGUCAUCUUUGAAUACUAUUUGGCCAUAAGCCAAAAAUAAUAGGUGGCCGAAGGGAAUGACAAAUCGAAGACUGCACAAAGGCUUUUAUAGCAAGGGUUGCGGAAGUGUGAGCAGUUUCCAAAAUCCUUCGAGUUAACUCGAAAUAAAGGUGUGGUAGCAUCGAGCUCAGUCAAAUACUUGGCACUAGACCUAUAUCUUUAAUGCUUAUUUAUUUGAGGGACUUGGAGAUUAAGGAGCUUUAGAUACACAUGACAAAAUGAGUAAAAUAUGAGAUGGUCAGUGAAUAAAAAAUAUGCGCCAACUAAAAUGAGGUGGUUAGCAACGAAUAACCACGAAUUUUUAAGUGUCAUUAUAAUUUUAUUUUGCACAUGCCGAUCUAAUUAACUUCUCACUCAUUUAGAAAAUGUUAACGUUCCCCAUUCACCAAAGA